AUGAUCGAAGUCAGCCCGGAGCUGAGUAAACUCUAUCCAGAAAUGAUCUUCUCGUCCUGCACCCGACUAUCAGACGUCUACUUUAAGGACUCAGAUGCCGAAUACACAGCAGAUCUUCAGACCGGCAGGUUAAAGCCGAAGCUGACCGGUGAGCGCGGGAUUCCGGCACGGCUGCGCGCUUUACACGGGGGUUUGUACCCGCAGUCGGAUCUCGUCGUAGCCGAUGAUCCCAUAGCGGAUAUUGCAGCGCGGACGUGGAUCGAUGAGUACGCACAGCUGGACCGAGCUCAGUUGAUUACUAUGACGUAUGAUGAUUGGAUUGCUCAGGAUCCUACAGUCAAAGAGGUUAUUGAUGAGCUGAACAUCAAAUUUUGGCCCAAUGCAGUCGGGGGAACGGUAAGCGGUGCUAAGGAGCAAAAAGGUAUUGUGCCGACUGAGCUUCAUAGGCACAAGAAAGAGGGUGGUAAUAAGGUGGAGGGAAAACGGUGGAAGAAAUUCUAG